GUCAAGGCAGCGAUAGAGAAGAUUAGAAACAAAGUCUUUCUGACGUCACUGUCUGCUUUCAUGCAUCUUUUUUUAUUUUCAUCAUGUUUAUUCUUGUGUGCGGUGACGUCAUUCAUUCAACAAAGACGCCAUUGUUACUUUUCCAACAUGGCAGCACAACAUCCUUGUGGGCGUGGCUCACUUAGUAGUCUUCUUGUUGGAUGACACGUCUUCUUUUGUUGGACGCAGUCUUCUUCUUCUUCUUCUUGUUGGACGCAGUCUUCUUCUUCUUGUUGGAUGAGACCGCCAUGAUGCGCGCGAAACUUUGUGGAACAAACUACCCGGCCAGCAUCUGCUUCAUCGUGGUCAACGAGUUCUGUGAGCGCUUCUCCUUCUACGGCAUGAAAGCCGUGUUGACGCUCUACUUCCUGUCUUACCUGCACUGGGACCAGGACCUUUCCACCGCCGUCUACCACGCCUUCAGCAGCCUCUGCUACUUCACACCUGUCCUGGGGGCGCUCAUCGCAGACUCCUGGCUGGGCAAGUACAGAACCAUCAUCUACCUGUCCCUGGUCUACGUCCUGGGUCACGUGGUCAAGUCUCUGGGUGCUGUCCCCCUGCUGGGCACCACCACUGUUCACAUAGGGUUGUCCAUGGCGGGCUUGGUCCUCAUCGCCUUUGGGACGGGCGGCAUCAAACCCUGUGUGGCCGCCUUCGGGGGAGACCAGUUCCCUGAGGAGCAGGCCAGCGAGAGGAUGAAGUUCUUCUCCAUCUUCUACAUGUCCAUCAACGCUGGCAGCCUGCUGUCCACCAUCAUCACCCCCCUGCUCCGAGGAGACGUGAAGUGUUUUGGACAAGACUGCUACGCUCUGGCCUUUGGCCUCCCUGCCGCCCUCAUGAUGGCCGCCUUAGUGGUGUUGAUGUCAGGCAGCAGACUGUACAAGAAGAAUCCUCCUGAGGGCAACAUCCUGCUGGAAGUCUGCAAGUGUGUGAGCUAUGCCAUCCAGAAGCGCUGGAGGAGGUCCAAGCACGAGUCCAGCAGGAGGCACUGGCUGGACUGGGCCGAGGACAAGUACUCGAAGCGUCUGAUCACGGAGAUCAAGAUGGUCCUGAAGGUGUUGGUGCUCUUCAUCCCUCUGCCAAUGUUCUGGGCUCUCUUCGACCAGCAGGGAUCCCGCUGGACGCUGCAGUCCACCAGGAUGAACUUGGGCUUUGGGGUCUACGCCAUCAAACCUGAUCAAAUGCAGAUGCUGAACCCUCUGCUCAUUCUGGUCUUGGUGCCCAUCUUUGACCUGCUGGUCUACCCGCUGGUUGGCUGCAGGAUCAACAUCACCCCGCUGAGAAAAAUGGCCACCGGGAUGGUUUUUGCGGCACUAGCUUUUGGUGCUGCUGCCCUGGUGGAGGUCAACGUUAUGAAAACGGCGGUGCGUCCGGCAUCAGCGGGCACGUGUCUGCUGCAGGUCUUCAACUUGGCACCAGGGGGCGUGUCUCUCCACUUCCCUGCAGGAGACCCCUUCCCCGAGCCCCUCCCCUACCUGCAGGACUCUGCGCACUACCUGACUCUGCCACUAGGGGCGCCCAGCAGCACGCUCCGCAUCCACGUCCGCCGCGACGGCUCGUCCUCGGAGUGCGACGUGACGUUUGCCCAGCAGGAGGCGUACAGUCUCAUCCUGCGGCCCUCCGCCAACGGGACAGCGUGCUCGCUGGUGCACGACCACAUCCAGAAGGACGACGAAGGUGCGCCUCUUCUCAGGUUCAUCAACACGCUGCAGGAGGCGGUCCAGGUGACGGUAGCAGAGCAGGUGUUCCAGGUGUGGUCACAUGACAAGGUGUCAGCCAAUAAGACGGUCCAGCGGGGAGAGUACAACAGGGUGAGAUGUUGCCUCAGCUCCCAGGCCUGCUCUGACCUGGACCUGGGUCUUCUGGACUUUGGAGGGUCCUACACCGUCAUCCUGGUGGAGGACUCGGGCAGGGUGGUGGCCCACAAGAUGGUGGACGUGCAGCCCAACCACGUGCACAUCGCCUGGCAGGUGCCCCAGUACCUUCUCAUCACCAUGGGUGAGGUCAUGUUCUCCAUCACCGGCCUGGAGUUCUCCUACUCACAGGCCCCCGCCAACAUGAAGUCGGUGCUGCAGGCCGGCUGGCUGCUCACCGUCGCCUUCGGGAACAUCAUCGUCUUGAUCGUGGCGGAGGGGGCGGGGCUAGAGCAGUGGAAAGAGUUCCUGCUGUUUGCUGGGCUGCUGCUGGGCGUCUGCAUCAUCUUCUCCAUCAUGUCCUACUUCUACACCUACGUGCGGCCUCAGCAGGUGGACACCUUCUACCUGCAGGACCAGGACCAGGACCAGGAACAGGACCAGGACCAGAGCGACGACACGCUGCACAAGAAGGGAAGUGACAAGGAGGUGGACAAGAACACUAGACUGUAGCCUGGGUGAGGAACAAGUGAUUCCAUUUUGGGGAUGAUCCGGAUCACCUUCUGGAUUCAACCUUUUUUUUUUUAAGGACUCUUUAUUAGAUGAGAUGAGACCUGGUGGAGGUCUACACAUACUCUGAAGAACUGACCUGGUGAUACUGGUGGAGGUCUACACAUACUCUGGAGGACCUAAUGGAAUAGAAUGUAGCACAGGUGUAGAACAUCUCAGGGAGGAUCAGUGGAAACAGGAAGCACCUGAGAUCACUUUUCAGCUUCAUGUCAUUUACACUCGUUUUAUUUCUACUAAUGAUGCAACAUGGCCACUGUGUCGUUAUAGGGAUUGUGUGUACAACAAAUAAUUGAUUUGAAGGCUGCAACUUAACAGAAUGUGUAAAAAGUGAAGCAGUGUGAAUACUUAUGUACAUGUAUUGUUUUUUUUAUUUCUCAUACAAAAAAUGUAAAAAAAAAAAAGUCACAUUGUCAUUGUGGGGAAUUGUGUGUCGAAUUUUCAGGACAAAAAUGAAAGUAUUGCAUUUAGGAAUAAGUAACAGAAUGUUCUGGCAGUAAGACAUACCAUUCAACUAUUUACAGUAUUUACUUUGAUAAAACAAUAACAAUAUUUCAUUUUAA